AGGAUGAUUAGGAAGAAUUUACGCAGAGUCGAAGGUGGAAGUAACACGAUGCACGGAAUAUCACAUUGGAAUUAUAGCGUCGUCAGUUGUUGAUUAGACAGAUCAUUUUGCCUACUCUAUUUGCCUCAGUAACGCUGAUUUCGAAAGGGAAGAGAACACGUUAGAUUGGUUGGACGGAUGAGCCUGACGGAACAAUGAGACCGCAAGUACUGUUGUUUUUCUCCGUGCUCUGUCUCAGUGCAGCGCUCGGCCAGGUCAGCUACUCCAUUCCGGAGGAAAUGGCCAAAGGCUCUUUGGUCGGUAACAUAGUUCAGGAUUUAGGUUUGGGUGUUAAACGAUUACAAACGGGUAAAGCUCGAAUCCACACGGGAGACAGCACAGAAUAUAUUCAUCUUAACAAGGAAAAGGGACUACUUGUCAUUAAAGAGAAAAUAGACCGCGAGGCUCUCUGUGGUCAGACAACGCCUUGUGCUUUGCAUUUUCAGAUCGCCUUAGAAAACCCAAUAGAAAUAUUACAGAUCACUGUCGAGAUCACAGAUAUUAAUGACAAUGCUCCCGUUUUCGAAAAGGAAGAGAGGAGAUUUGAAAUAAGCGAGUCUGCUAUUGUCGGCUCUAAAUUCAUGCUAGAGAAAGCAAUAGACCCUGAUAUAGCACUGAACGGUCUUCAGAGCUACACACUGAAGCCCAAUGAUCAUUUUGUGCUAAAAUUACAUAGUCAGUCUGAUGGCGGUAAAAAGGUGGAAAUGAUUUUACAGAAACCCUUGGAUAGAGAAAAACAAGAGUUCGCAUCCUUAUUGUUAACGGCUGUAGAUGGAGGAGAGCCGCAGAGAUCUGGCACGAUGCAGAUUCACAUUGCUGUGUUAGAUGUUAAUGAUAACGCUCCUGUGUUUACACAACACAUUUACAAAGCAAGUGUGAAAGAAAACGCUGUGACGGGAACACUUAUAACAAAAGUGAGUGCCUCAGAUGUAGACAAAGACUCGAAUGGGGAGGUUAGCUACGUAAUAGGAAAUAGCAUGAGGAGCAUUUCCAAAUUAUUUCACGUUACUGAAGAUGGUCACAUAAUAUUAAAUGGGCUUAUUGACUAUGAAAAAGCCAAAAAAUAUGAAAUUGACAUAGAGGCAGUUGACCGAGGAGGUUUAUCUGAUUCAAGCAAAGUAGUUAUUGAUGUAGGUGACAUUAAUGACAAUAGCCCAGUUAUUAAUAUUAUUUCAUCAUCAAAUUCAAUAGAAGAAGAUUCACGUCCAAACACAGUGGUUGCUGCAAUGAGUGUAAAUGAUCCUGAUUCUGAAGAAAACGGGAAGGUCCGAUGUGUAAUUGAUAAAAACAUACCCUUUACAAUUACACCUACGUCCAGUAAUUUUUAUAGCAUUGUGACAGACAGUGAAUUAGACAGAGAGAGAUCCUCUGAAUAUAAUAUCACAGUGACCUGCUCAGAUGAGGGAGUGCCCUCCCUCUCCAGCAGCGUCACUCUCACCUUACAGAUCUCUGAUGUGAAUGAUAACGCGCCUGUCUUUGAGAGCAGCUCAUAUGAGGCCUACAUUGUAGAAAACAACACACCAGGCCUCUCUGUAUUCACAGUGAGAGCCAGAGACGCUGACUGGAACCAGAAUGCCCGUGUUUCUUACAUCCUGGAGGACUCCUCUGCUAACGGAGUGCCAGUCUCCUCAUAUGUGUCCGUUAGUGCUGAUAGUGGAGUCAUCCAUGCAGUGCGCUCUUUUGACUACGAGCAGAUCAAAGACUUCCACUUCCGGGUCAAAGCUCAGGAUGGAGGCUCUCCUCCACUGAGUAGCAAUGUGACUGUGAAAAUACUGAUCCAGGACCAGAACGACAACCCUCCUCAGGUCCUGUACCCAGUCCAGACUGGUGGCUCUCUGGUGGCUGAGAUGGUGCCUCGUUCAGCAGAUGUGGGCUAUCUGGUCACUAAAGUGGUGGCUGUUGAUGUGGACUCUGGACAGAAUGCCUGGCUCUCCUAUAAACUGCAGAAAGCCACAGACAGGGCGCUGUUUGAAGUGGGCUUACAGAAUGGAGAAAUAAGGACUAUCCGCCAGGUGACUGAUAAAGAUGUUGUGAAACAAAGACUGUCUGUUAUAGUGGAGGACAACGGGCAGCCCUCUCGUUCAGCUGCAGUCAUUGUUAACGUGGUGGUGGCUGACAGCUUCCCGGAAGUGCUGUCUGAGUUCACUGACUUUACACAGGACAAGGAGUACAAUGACAACCUGACUUUUUACUUAGUGCUGGCUCUGGCUGUAGUGUCCUUCCUCUUCAUCACGUGUUUAGUGGUUAUUAUAUCAGUGAAGAUCUACAGGUGGAGACAGUCUCGCAUCAUGUUUCACUCCAAUCUCCCUGUGAUUCCUUAUUAUCCUCCACGUUACUCAGACACUUUGGGGACAGGGACUCUCCAACACGUGUACAACUACGAGGUGUGCAGGACGACUGACUCCAGAAAGAGUGACUGUAAGUUUGGCGGAGCAGGUAGUCAGAACGUGCUGAUAAUGGACCCCAGUUCUACAGGGACGAUGCAGCGGAUACAGAGUGAAAAGAGCAUCCUGGAUGAACCAGACUCUCCUCUAGAGGUUAGAAAUGUGUAACACUAAUUACCACUCCCUUAUUGUUAAUACUAAAUGUUCGAAUUAAAUAUGCCAGCAUUUUGACCCAUUUGUUUGGAACGUUAUGUUUCAGUACCUCGGACAGCACCAUGGAGCAUUUGUAUGGAGCUAU